UCUUAGUUAACUGCGGGCCAAGGACUCGCAGCCCUAGCCCUGAGCCCAGUCUUAAGUGCUCCCAUCGCUUCAGCUACUAGGUCCUGGGGAAUCGCCUUGCCCAGCUCUUUCUUUCUUUGCAGUCCUCCCUGCCUCAUUCCUUCCCUCCCUCUCCCCGGGAGCGCUCUGUCGGGUCCCCUGCGGAGCCUGCCUCUCACUGCGGGGCCACAAGUCCCGGGGGCAGCUCCACAGCCCAGCUUCGAGGUCCUCUCGGUGCCCGGAACUCUAUUUAUACAACAGAGUAUCUCUUUUUCUUUUUUCUCUCUGUCGGAACAGUGAUGUGAAUACAAUAUAAUUCCCGGAAUCCACCGCUUCCUGGAAUAGAUUAAAAGAGGCAAACAAAAGAUUAGUCAGUGGUGUGUUUCCACCUCCCCCUUCCUCCCCCUCCCCCGCCUCUCCCCCUGCCCCGACUCAUUCUCUUUCCUUCCCCUCCAGCUCAUUUCAACGAGCUGCAGCCACAGGAUAGGUCUUGUCUCCUGGGCUCCGGAAUCCUCUUGCUCAUUUGAUCCUGGACCGGCUGCCAAGCUGGUGGUGCUGAACCUCUGGCCUGGCCUGGAAGCCUGAGUUCUUUGGGACGGAAAAAGAAGGCGAUCGGACCGCCCUGUUCAGCUCCUCGUGGCUGAUUGCGGGAAUCCUUGGCUCCUGGGUCCUUUUCCUAUAGGGAGGAGGCCACAGAACCAGGAGCCCCGGCGAGCCCUGACCCAUCACCACGAGCCCCACGCCCUGCGGCUGCCCGGCUGAAGUUGGAGUUGCUGAACCUGAGGCUUGGACUCGGCUGAGAGUUGUCCGGGUUGUUUCCCGGCGCCAAAGGAACGGGCUCUCUUUCCUCCACCCGUCUCUCGCUUCGGACCAGGACAGAAGAGAGAGCGAGAGAAAGGACACAAGGGGAGACGGCGGCUGGCCUCCCUGAAGCCCUACAGGACAUGAUCUUCUGCAUCCAGGGACCCCAUCCUUUACUGGAAGAAGAGAGGAUUGGCAGGUUGACACUAGCUGGGCUAACUGUGGGAUUACCAGAGCCUGUCAUGCAGCCCCUGUCUGUGACCCCCUUCCAAGAGGAGGAAGAGGCACCACCCUUGACUGAGAAUGAGUUGCCUCAAGUCCGUGAUCCUGAGGAAGACCUGUUAUGCAUUGCCAAGACCUUCACCUACCUGCGGGAAUCUGGUUGGUACUGGGGAUCUCUCACGGCAUUUGAGGCCAAGCAACAUCUUCAGAAGAUGCCUGAAGGUACCUUCCUCGUGCGGGACAGUACUCACCCCAGCUAUCUGUUCACACUUUCUGUCAAGACCAACAGAGGCCCCACCAACGUUCGCAUAGAAUACGCCGACAGCAAGUUCCGGCUGGAUUCAAACUGUCUGUCCAAGCCACGGAUUUUGGCAUUCCCAGAUGUGGUCAGCCUCAUCCAGCAUUAUGUCACAUCUUGCACAACUGAUGGCAAGAAUGACACCCCUUACCCACCCCCUGCCUCACUUUUGCCCACUCACAAGGACACAGUUCCCACCACGGCAGCAGUGGCAGCUGUCCACCUGAAACUCAUCCAGCCUUUUGUCCGCAAGAACAGUGCUCCUAGCCUACAACACUUAUGCCGGCUGACCAUUAACAAGCUCACUGCUGAGGUUGACCAGCUGCCUCUGCCUAAGCGGAUAGGGGACUAUCUCAGGCAGUACCCUUUCCAGCUCUGAGACAGAACUGGAGUCCAUCUGACUUGGCAGACCUGGGAAGACCAGGAUGCCACCUCAUGAUUUGUCCUAUUACAGAAACCCUAGUCAACAAGACCUCACAAUUCCAACAGGUGUGGAUUGUGGUAACUACCUUUUGAGGACUGGGAAUGCUCCUUUCCCUCUCCUUCUCACCUAAUUUCUGCCCAUCCCUAUGGGGAGCAAGGUGCUUGGUCUGUGUCUGCAGACCUCGGGACCUAAGACCAGGAUGAGAGUAACCAUGCCUGAAGUUUCUGGGGGCCAAACCAGGGCCAUAGGAGGUCCUGCCUCUAUUUAUUUUCCUGGCCAUAUCAUAGAGACUAUGGGGGAAGCAUAUUCUAUUAUUUCUGCUGUGCCAGAAUGUGGGACCAUCCCAAACUCAGAUUGGGGUUCCUCUCUGACUUAGUUACACAUGUGCCAACUACCUGAACCAGAUGGUCUUGGCUCCUUCUCAGUCUCAGGCAACACGCCAGAGCAGAGAAACUCGCCACCUAUACUCAGCCUUCUCCAAAGGCAGGCAGUCAAACCUGCUUACCACAUACCACCCCCAUCCCCAACUCCACCCCCAGUGAACACUACCUGACUGGUCAAGCUUGCCCAUGAAUGUUUCUCAUCGAGAAGGAGGCAGCAGAAAUUCUCUUCUCUUCCCUGACUGUCCUUCCUUUUCCACUGGAAUUACCAAUCCUGAUAUUCCAUGGACCUCAUACCCAUCAAAAAUGUCUGGGAAAGAGGGAAGGGUGGAAGGCCACAGAAGAGAAGAAGAGGGGCCCUCUGGCCUGAGGCCAAAAGUGACCCAACCAUUUUUCAGUAUUUAUUUAUUUAUUCUUUUUGUCUGUUUGUUUUUGGUUCAAUAAUACCAGAGCAGGGCCUAGAUUCAGCAAGCUGGCCUCAACCUGUUUCAGGUACCUGCUCCUCUGAUCUUCAGGUCUCUCCAAGAUGUCCUAGAGAUCUAUUUCUUAUUUGUUUCCUCUGAUGUGGCAAGUCCUUUUUCUUAAAUGAAGCCUAACCUAACCAGUGCCAGUAAAUGAUGCUCCCCACCUGCCCACCUUGAGCACCAAUUCCCUAUCUCCCUAACCCUCUGUAAGGUGUCUUCUCCAAAGGGUUAGAAGGCCCUUACCUCCAUGGAGCUGAAUUCAGUUAGGGUUGAGGGGCCCCCAUUCCACUCUGGCCCUCCCACCUGCAUCUCAGGCAGAAGAAAAUUUGCACACUCCCACACAGUGCCCUAGUCCUCUCCCCAGGCCCAUGAGGCAGGGGUGGCAAGCUGUCUUCUUGAAUAUUAAUGGUGGAGUGGCUUGAGGGUCAGGGAUUUUCAGGGUUUUUUUCCCCUAUGUCCAAGGAUGGAAUGAGAGUGGGGGUGCAGCAGGGGUGGUUGUAUUUGAAUAGUUCACCUAUGACUGUAACCUCAUUUCCCUUUGCUUAGGGACCCUGCGAAGGUGAUUUAGCUUAGUCACACAGAGAGAAAUGUAAAUCUGAUUUACAAAGAAACUUUUUAAAAUAAUAAUAAUUAUUAUUGUAAUAAA